GUGUCUUGAAAUGGAAAAGAGAAAGAGCAAUCGAAUCGAAACCCCAUUGCCGGAAUCCAUGAUUCACCUCAUACAGUCUUUCUUGAGUGCGAAAGAAGCUGCUCAAACCACUCUUCUCUGUAAAUCAUGGUACGACGCUUGGCUAACUCGUCCUGCUCUCGCCUUCAAUCAACGCAACUUCAAAAAUCAAGCAUUGGAAGAGUUCUCAAAAUUUGCAGUGAAGACCAUGCGAAGGUAUCAAGACUCGAACUUGAAGAUAGAGAGUUUGAGGCUAAAAAUGCAGGGAUGUACGAGUAGCUCUGAACGUCUUGCCCGUAACUUGAUCAUGGAUGCCAUGAAAAUGGGAGCUACUGAUCUCAAACUCGAAUUCUUCCCUACUGCAUACACUCUCCGUUCUGAAACCCUCCUCCGAUUAUCUGUAAGUGGGUGUGAAAUUUAUGGACACGUCAUCUGCCCGAUGCUCAAGGCACUCAGCUUAGACCGUGUGCUUUUGAAAAGUGAAGAUAUGCUUGCAGAUAUAAUUUCCUGUUGCAAUUUGAUCGAGGAACUGUCACUUUCACAUUCUUAUAUUUGUACGAAUCGUUGCAUUGGAUUGAGUGGGAAGGAUGUGCCCGAGCUUCAUAAGCUUAAGCGUUUGCAUCUUGAGGCAGUGCGUGUUGAUACAUUCUUGUUCGACUUGGAAACUCGCUUCCCUUGCUUGAAUGAUCUGAGCCUUGUUUCCUGCCAUGGCUACGGAUUGCAAGCAAUACGUGUAACGAGCUUUUCACUCCAAAGCAUAAGCAUUGUGCAGGCAGUUGCAUUGGAACUCGAGUUUGAAGUUCCAAAUCUUGUCGUGUUUAGCUAUUCAGGUUUGGGCAUACCGUCCAUCUCUAUAGAAGCAAGGGAUGAAUCGGAGUCUCAUAUAUCGAUUGAGCGCCAUCACAUUGAGACCUCCUCAUGGUACCUAGAUUUGAAGAAGUUGUUGGCUCAGUUGAACCAAUCAAGAAUCAAUCUCACUAUAAGUAUUGUUGGGUCACAGCCGCGUGGGAUUGCUGAUGUGGAUGACUUUCAAGCUGUAGCGAAACCCGUAUCAGUGGAGAAGUUGAGGCUCGAGGCAAACUAUGAUGCGCGUUGCAUUCUGAUUGGUCUUUUUGGUAUAUGUCGCCCCAAGUUCGUGACUCAUUGCUGGCUUGGUCGCAGUUGGUGGAAGUUGGACGAUCAGUCCAUUAGAAAUCUUUGUGAGAGCCUUAUAGGUCCGAAUUGUGAGCAGUAUGUGUUUGGGCAGUUUGAUCUCAAGGAAGUAAACAUGGAAGUAUACGACGACGAUGCAGCAGAGUGGCGGCCUCUUCUACUGCAAGAUGAAAUACCGAACCAGCGGAAGAGUCGUUUCCAUUUGAAGUGGUGA